AUGUUUUCCUUGCAGCCUUGUGAUGGCUCUCAAAUAAUCCCCAAAGUCACAGAAAUAAUACCUAAAUAUGGCAGCAUAAAUGGAGCAACAAGGCUGACUAUAAGAGGAGAAGGUUUUUCUCAAGCAAACCAGUUUAACUAUGGAGUUGAUAAUGCUGAGUUGGGAAACAGUGUGCAAUUAGUUUCUUCUUUCCAGUCAAUUACUUGUGAUGUAGAAAAAGACGCAAGUCAUUCAACUCAAAUUACAUGCUAUACUAGAGCAAUGCCAGAAGAUUCCUACGCUGUUAGAGUCAGUGUGGACGGGGUUCCUGUUACAGAAAAUAACACCUGCAAAGGUCACAUCAACAGCUGGGCAUGUACCUUCAACGCAAAAAGUUUUAGGACCCCAACAAUAAGAAGCAUCACACCUUUAUCUGGAACGCCAGGUACACUAAUAACAAUCCAAGGCAGAAUCUUCACUGACGUCUAUGGAAGUAAUAUUGCACUAAGCUCAAAUGGGAAAAAUGUUAGGAUUUUGAGAGUUUACAUUGGAGGAAUGCCCUGUGAACUUCUCAUACCACAAUCUGAUAAUUUGUAUGGUCUAAAACUGGAUCAUCCAAAUGGAGAUAUGGGUUCCAUGGUUUGUAAGACGACUGGAACUUUUAUUGGUCAUCACAAUGUCAGUUUCAUCUUAGAUAAUGAUUAUGGAAGGAGUUUUCCACAGAAAAUGGCAUAUUUUGUUUCUUCUCUCAAUAAAAUUUCAAUGUUUCAAACAUAUGCAGAGGUCACUAUGAUUUUUCCUUCACAAGGAAGCAUUCGAGGUGGCACCAUGCUGACAAUAAGUGGACAGUUCUUUGAUCAGACAGAUUUCCCCAUCAGAGUUCUAGUUGGAGGUGAACCUUGUGAUACUUUGAAUGUCACGGAAAAGAGUAUAUGUUGCAAGACACCCCCCAAACCUCAUAUUCUCAAAGCUGUAUAUCCAGGAGGGAGAGGCCUGAAGCUUGAGGUAUGGAAUAAUAGUCGUCCAAUACAUCUGGAAGAGAUACUGGAAUACGAUGAAAAAACCCCCGGGUACAUGGGUGCCAGUUGGGUAGAUUCAGCUUCCUAUAUUUGGCCUAUGGAACAAGACACAUUUGUUGCACGCUUUAGUGGAUUUUUGGUGGCUCCAGAUUCUGAUGUUUAUAGAUUCUACAUCAAAGGUGAUGACCGUUAUGCUAUUUAUUUUAGCCAGACUGGACUUCCAGAAGAUAAGGUGAGGAUUGCACAUCAUUCUGCUAAUGCCAACAGUUAUUUUUCCAGUCCAACACAAAGAUCAGAGGAUAUUCAUCUGCAGAAAGGAAAAGAAUAUUAUAUUGAAAUCUUGCUGCAGGAGUACACAUUAAGUGCAUUUGUUGAUGUCGGACUGUACCAGUAUCAAAAUGUUUAUACUGAACAACAAACAGGAGAUGCAGUGAAUGAAGAACAAGUUAUCAAAUCCCAGUCGACAAUCAUCCAGGAAGUACAGGUUAUAACAUUAGAAAACUGGGAAACAACUAACGCAAUUAAUGAAGUUCAGAAGAUCAAGGUAACCAGCCCCUGUGUGGAAGCUAAUUCAUGUUCACCUUACCAAUACAGAUUAAUCUAUAAUAUGGAAAAAACUGUCUUCCUACCUGCUGAUGCUUCUGAAUUCAUACUGCAAUCAGCCUUGAAUGACCUCUGGUCUAUAAAACCAGACACAGUUCAAGUAACAAGAACACAGAAUCUCCAGAGCAAUAUCUACACGGUAACAUUCAUAUCAACUAGAGGAGAUUUUGAUCUGCUUGGUUAUGAAGUAGUUGAAGGGAAUAACGUCACACUGGAUAUUACAGAACAAACCAAAGGAAAACCCAACUUGGAGACAUUCACACUGAAUUGGGAUGGGAUCGCUUCUAAGCCACUCACUCCAUGGUCAUCAGAGGCUGAAUUUCAGGGAGCAGUGGAAGAAAUGGUUAGCAGUAAGUGUCCACCACAAAUUGCAAAUUUUGAAGAAGGAUUUGUUGUGAAAUACUUCAGAGACUAUGAAACUGAUUUUAAUCUGGAACAUAUUAACAGAGGGCAGAAGACAGCUGAAACUGAUGCUUACUGUGGUCGUUAUUCCCUGAAAAACCCAGCUGUCCUUUUUGACUCAGCAGAUGUUAAACCAAACAGACGACCAUAUGGGGACAUUUUAUUGUUUCCUUAUAAUCAGUUAUGUUUAGCAUACAAAGGAUUCCUGGCAAAUUAUAUUGGUCUAAAAUUCCAGUACCAAGACAAUAGCAAGAUUACUAGAAACACCGAUAUACAAUUUACAUACGACUUUGCUCAUGGAAACAACUGGACUUACACUUGCAUAGACAUUCUGGAUCUCAUAAGAACAAAGUACACUGGGACAAAUGUUUCUCUUCAAAGGAUUAGUUUACAGAAAGCAUCAGAAUCACAAUCCUUCUAUGUGGAUGUAGUGUACAUUGGACAAACAGCUACAAUCUCAACAUUGGAUGAAAUGCCCAAGAGAAGACUUCCUGCAUUAGCAAAUAAAGGAAUAUUCUUAGAGCACUUUCAGGUGAAUCGGACCAAAACAAAUGGGCCAACUAUGACAAUCCAAUAUUCUGUCACCAUGACUUCAUACAACUGCAGUUACAAUAUACCCAUGAUGGCUGUGAGCUUUGGGCAGAUAAUCACACAUGAGACAGAGAACGAGUGUGUCUACAGAGGAAAUAAUUGGCCAGGCGAGUCAAAAAUUCAUAUUCAAAGAAUUCAAGCUGCAUCUCCACCUCUAAGUGGCAGCUUUGACAUUCAAGCUUAUGGACAUACUCUCAAAGGCCUUCCCGCUGCUGUGUCAGCUGCAGAUCUGCAGUUUGUGCUCCAGAGUCUGGAGGGAUUGGGAAGAGUCUCAGUUACACGAGAGGGAACCUGUGCUGGCUACGCAUGGAACAUCAAGUGGAGAAGCACCUGUGGAAAGCAGAAUCUUCUACAGAUUAAUGAUUCCAACAUUAUUGGAGAAAAGGCUAAUAUGACAGUCACAAGGAUAAAGGAAGGCGGCUUAUUCAGACGACACAUACUUGGAGACCUACUUCGUACACCCAGUCAACAGCCACAGGUUGAAGUCUAUGUCAAUGGAAUUCCAGCUAAAUGUUCAGGUGACUGUGGGUUUACAUGGGAUUCCGACAUUACUCCCCUAGUCUUGGCGACAAGCCCUUCUCAAGGGUCCUAUGAAGAAGGCACAAUUCUAACCAUAGUGGGUUCUGGAUUUUCUCCUAGUUCAGCUGUAUCAGUCUCAGUUGGACCAGUAGGUUGUUCUCUUCUUUCUGUGGAUGAAAAAGAGAUCAAGUGCCAGAUUCUGAAUGGAAGUGCUGGACAUGCCCCAGUUGCUGUGUCCGUAGCUGAUGUUGGACUAGCACAGAAUGUAGGGGGUGAACAGUUCUACUUUGUUUAUCAGAGUCAGAUCUCACAUAUCUGGCCUGAUUCUGGAAGCAUAGCAGGUGGUACGCUACUGACUUUAUCUGGAUUUGGCUUUAAUGAAAAUUCAAAGGUAUUAGUUGGAAAUGAAACCUGCAAUGUGAUUGAAGGGGAUUUGAAUAGGAUAACCUGCAGGACACCAAAAAAAACUGAGGGUAUAGUUGAUAUUUCAGUUACUACCAAUGGAUUUCAAGUCACAGCAGGGGAUGCUUUUAGUUACAAUUGUUUACAGACGCCAAUUAUAACUGAUUUUAGUCCAAAAGUACGAACAAUACUAGGAGAAGUUAAUUUAACAAUUAAGGGCUAUAAUUUUGGAAAUGAACUCACACAAAACAUGGCGGUGUAUGUUGGAGGAAAAACCUGCCAGAUUCUUCACUGGAACUUCACAGAUAUUAGAUGUCUUUUGCCCAAGUUGUCUCCUGGAAAACAAGAUAUCCACGUAGAAGUCAGAAACUGGGGUUUUGCAUCAAUAAGAGACAAAUUAAAUUCUUCAAUACAGUAUGUUUUGGAAGUGACCAGCAUGUUUCCACAAAGAGGCUCCCUGUUUGGUGGAACUGAAAUCACCAUAAGGGGUUUUGGAUUCAGCACAAUACCAGCUGACAAUACCGUGCUGUUAGGGUCCAUCCCUUGCAAUGUUACAUCAUCAUCAGAAAAUGUCAUAAAAUGUAUUCUUCAUUCAACUGGGAAUAUAUUCAGGAUUACUAACAAUGGGAAAGAUUCAGUACAUGGAUUAGGUUAUGCCUGGUCACCAUCAGUCCUAAAUGUGUCUGUAGGGGACACAGUGGCAUGGCAUUGGCAAACACAUCCAUUUCUUAGAGGGAUAGGAUAUAGGGUUUUUUCUGUCUCCAGUCCUGGAAGUGUAAUUUAUGAUGGCAAAGGAUUCACAAAUGGAAGACAAAAAUCUACAUCAGGUUCAUUUUCUUACCAAUUUACUUCACCUGGAAUCCAUUAUUAUAGCAGCGGGUACGUUGAUGAGGCUCACUCCAUUUUUCUCCAAGGAGUCAUUAAUGUUUUACCAGCUGAAACCAGGCACAUUCCCCUGCACCUGUUUGUGGGUAGCUCUGAAGCCACAUAUGCUCAUGGAGGACGUGAGAACUGGCACUUGGGAAGCUCUGUGGCAGGCUGCUUAGCAACAGAACCCCUGUGCGGCCUGGACAAUACCAGGGUUAAAAAUUCAAAAAGAUUGCUAUUUGAGGUUUCAAGUUGUUUUUCACCAUCUAUAAGCAACAUUACUCCAUCCACUGGAACAGUAAAUGAACUAAUAACAAUUAUUGGACAUGGCUUUAGUAAUCUCACAUGUGCUAAUAAGGUUACAAUUGGUAGCUACCCCUGUGUCGUAGAAGAAAGUAGUGAGGAUUCAAUUACAUGUCAUAUUGACCCUCAAAACUCAAUGGAUGUUGGUAUCAGGGAAAUUGUCACUUUGACUGUCUACAACUUGGGCACUGCUAUCAAUACGUUGUCCAAUGAAUUUGAUAGGCGAUUUGUGCUUUUGCCAAACAUUGACCUGGUGUUGCCAAAUGCAGGAUCAACUACAGGAAUGACAAGAGUGACCAUAAAAGGCUCUGGAUUUGCAGUUUCUUCUGCAGGUGUAAAAGUCCUUAUGGGUCAUUUCCCAUGUAAAGUUCUAUCAGUGGAUUAUACAUCCAUUGAAUGUGAAACAUCCCCUGCUGCCCAACAGCUUGUGAAUGUAGAUCUUCUAAUACAUGGAGUGCCUGCCCAGUGCCAGGGAAACUGCACCUUUUCAUAUUUAGAAAGCAUCACUCCUUAUAUAACAGGAGUCUUCCCAAACUCUGUCAUAGGGUCUGUAAAAGUUCUUAUUGAAGGAGAAGGUUUGGGGACUGUUUUGGAGGACAUUGCUGUUUUCAUUGGAAAUCAACAGUUCAGAGCAAUAGAGGUUAAUGAAAACAACAUCACUGCUCUUGUGACUCCUCUUCCAGUUGGACAUCAUUCUCUUAGUGUUGUGGUGGGAAGCAAAGGCUUGGCUCUGGGAAACCUGACUGUCAGCAGCCCCCCAGUAGCAUCUCUAUCACCAACUUCUGGAAGCAUUGGUGGUGGAACUACAUUGGUGAUCACAGGAAAUGGCUUCUAUCCAGGCAACACUACAGUCACUAUUGGGGAUGACCCUUGUCAAAUUAUUUCCAUCAACCCCAAUGAAGUCAACUGCCGCACUCCCGCUGGGACCACUGGAAUGGUCGGUGUUAAAAUCUUUGUUAAUACAAUUGCUUAUCCACCUUUGCUUUUUACAUAUGCCCUGGAGGAUACUCCAUUUCUCAGAGGAAUUAUCCCAAGCAGAGGUCCACCAGGAACUGAAAUUGAGAUCACUGGAUCCAACUUUGGCACUGAGAUCUUGGAAAUCUCGGUGAUGAUAAAUAACAUUCAAUGUAACGUAACCAUGGCCAAUGAUAGUGUGUUGCAGUGCAUCGUGGGAGAUCAUGCUGGGGGCACAUUUCCUGUUAUGAUGCAUCAUAAGACAAAAGGCUCAGCCGUGUCCACAGUUGUAUUUGAGUACCCGCUUAAUAUUCAAAAUAUUAAUCCAAGCCAAGGGAGCUUUGGUGGGGGUCAAACCAUGACUGUGACAGGCACCGGAUUUAAUCCACAAAAUUCAAUUAUAUUAGUUUGUGGCUCAGAAUGUGCAAUUGACAGGCUUAGAUCUGAUUACACAACAUUAUUAUGUGAAAUUCCAUCUAAUAAUGGCACGGGAGCUGAGCAAGCCUGUGAAGUGAGUGUGGUUAAUGGGAAAGAUUUGUCACAGUCAAUGACUCCGUUUACAUACGCUGUGUCACUGACUCCACUCAUCACUGCAGUGUCUCCCAGGAGAGGCAGUACAGCAGGCGGCACCAGACUGACAGUCAUGGGAUCAGGAUUCAGUGAAAAUGUAGAGGAUGUUCAUAUCAGUAUAGCUGAAGCCAAAUGUGAUGUUGAGUAUUCCAACAAGACACACAUCAUCUGCGUGACAGAUGCCCAUACUCCCUCAGGGUGGGCUCCAGUUCGUGUCCACAUCAGAGGUGUCGGCAUGGCCAAACUGGAUAAUGCUGACUUUCUUUAUAUUGAUGCUUGGUCCUCCAAUUUCUCAUGGGGGGGACAAUCUCCCCCAGAAGAAGGGUCUCUUGUUGUUAUUACAAAAGGACAGACCAUUCUGCUGGAUCAAAGCACCCCUAUUUUGAAAAUGUUGCUUAUUCAGGGUGGAACUCUAAUAUUUGAUGAAGCUGACAUUGAACUCCAGGCAGAAAAUAUUCUAAUUACAGAUGGAGGCAUUCUUCAGAUUGGGACAGAGACAUCCCCAUUCCAACACAAGGCUGUCAUUACCUUGCAUGGGCACCUGCGAUCCCCUGAGCUUCCUGUCUAUGGUGCCAAAACACUGGCUGUGCGGGAGGGAAUCCUGGAUCUGCACGGUGUGCCUGUUCCUGUGAUCUGGACUCGCUUGGCUCAUACUGCAAAGGCAGGGGAAAGAAUUUUAAUUUUACAAGAAGCAGUAACAUGGAAGCCAGGAGAUAACAUUGUAAUUGCAAGCACAGGACACAGACACAGUCAAGGAGAGAAUGAAAAAAGGACCAUUGCGGCUGUAUCUGCUGAUGGCAUAAACAUAACACUAAGUAAUCCACUAAAUUACACACACUUAGGAAUUACGGUCACACUCCCUGAUGGAACUCUGUUUGAAGCAAGAGCAGAAGUUGGAAUUCUUACAAGAAAUAUUUUAAUAAGAGGAUCUGAUAAUGUUGAGUGGAAUAACAAAAUUCUAGCAUGUCCUGAUGGAUUUGACACAGGAGAAUUUGCUACACAGACCUGUCUCCAAGGAAAGUUUGGAGAAGAAAUAGGAAGUGACCAAUUUGGAGGCUGUAUUAUGUUUCAUGCUCCUGUACCUGGUGCUAACAUGGUAACUGGGAGAAUAGAAUAUGUAGAGGUAUUCCAUGCUGGCCAGGCUUUCCGGUUGGGGCGAUAUCCAAUACAUUGGCACCUGCUUGGAGAUUUACAGUUUAAAUCUUACGUAAGAGGCUGUGCAAUUCACCAGGCCUAUAACAGAGCUGUUACUAUCCAUAACACACACCAUCUUCUGGUUGAGAGGAAUAUUAUAUAUGAUAUUAAGGGAGGAGCAUUUUUUAUAGAAGACGGUAUUGAACAUGGCAAUAUCCUCCAGUAUAACUUGGCAGUAUUUGUACAGCAAAGUACCAGUCUACUGAAUGAUGAUGUGACCCCGGCUGCGUUUUGGGUCACCAACCCAAACAAUACCAUACAACACAAUGCUGUUGCUGGCGGCACUCACUUUGGCUUUUGGUACCGGAUGAACAACCACCCUGAUGGGCCAUCCUAUGACAGAAACAUUUGUCAAAAAAGAGUUCCCCUUGGCAAAUUUUUUAACAAUACCGUCCAUUCUCAAGGUUGGUUUGGAAUGUGGAUCUUUGAGGAAUAUUUCCCCAUGCAAACGGGAUCUUGUACGUCUACUGUGCCUGUGCCUGCAAUAUUUAACUCACUUACUACUUGGAAUUGUCAAAAAGGAGCUGAAUGGGUCAAUGGAGGUGCCCUUCAGUUCCAUAACUUUGUGAUGGUGAAUAACUAUGAGGCUGGAAUCGAGACUAAGAGGAUCCUGGCUCCUUAUGUUGGAGGGUGGGGAGAAACCAAUGGAGCAGUGAUUAAAAAUGCCAAAAUAGUUGGCCAUCUUGAUGAACUGGGAAUGGGGUCUGCAUUUUGCACAACAAAAGGCCUGGUUCUCCCAUUUAGUGAAGGCUUGACUGUAUCUUCUGUGUACUUUAUGAACUUUGACCGUCCCAACUGUGUAGCUUUGGGAGUGACAUCCAUCUCUGGAGUUUGUAAUGACAGAUGUGGGGGUUGGAGUGCAAAGUUUGUUGACAUCCAGUAUUUUCACACACCAAACAAGGCCGGCUUUCGCUGGGAACAUGAAAUGGUAUUGAUUGAUGUUGAUGGCUCACUUACAGGGCACAAAGGACAUACCGUCAUUCCACACAGCUCAUUGCUAGACCCUUCUCAUUGUACUCAGGAAGCUGAGUGGAGCAUUGGGUUCCCUGGAUCAGUCUGUGAUGCUUCAGUCAGCUUUCACCGUUUAGCGUUCAACCAGCCUUCUCCAGUAUCUCUGCUUGAAAAGGAUGUGGUUCUUUCAGACUCUUUCGGCACAAGCAUUAUUCCAUUUCAGAAGAAACGACUGACUCAUAUGUCUGGAUGGAUGGCUCUGAUUCCAAAUGCAAAACACAUUAACUGGUAUUUUAAAGGUGUGGAUCACAUAACCAACAUUUCGUAUACAUCAACAUUCUAUGGAUUUAAGGUAAAAAUAUUGUCAGGAAGAAAUGACCUUCAUCAGAGUCAGUCCAUUUCUGGGAACCUGGACCCUGAUGUGAAAGACGUUGUUAUUAAUUUCCAAGCUUACUGUUGUAUUCUCCAGGAUUGCUUUCCUGUACAUCCCCCAUCAAGAAAACCGAUUCCCAAGAAGCGACCAGCCACAUAUAAUUUAUGGUCAAAUGAUUCUUUUUGGCAAUCAUCACAAGAAAAUAAUUAUACUGUACCUCACCCAGGGGCAAAUGUGAUUAUACCUGAAGGAACAUGGAUUGUAGCUGACAUAGAUAUGCCAUCAAUGGAAAGACUCAUUAUUUGGGGGGUUCUAGAACUGGAAGAUAAAUAUAAUGUAGGAGCUGCAGAAUCUUCUUACAGAGAAGUUGUUUUGAAUGCUACCUACAUAUCACUGCAGGGAGGUAGAUUAAUCGGUGGCUGGGAAGAUAACCCUUUUAAAGGAGACUUAAAGAUUGUUCUUAGAGGAAAUCAUACUACCCCAGACUGGGCUCUUCCAGAAGGACCAAAUCAAGGGGCAAAGGUCUUAGGGGUGUUUGGUGAGCUAGAUCUUCAUGGAAUUCCACGUUCAAUAUAUAAAACUAAGCUCUCAGAAACUGCAGAUGCAGGUUCCAACGUCCUGUCUCUGAUGGAUGCUGUGGAUUGGCAGGAGGGAGAAGAGAUUGUGAUAACAACCACAAGCUAUGAUUUCCACCAGACAGAAACAAGAAGUAUCGUUAAAAUCCUGCAUGAUCAUAAAAUUCUCAUUCUUAAUGAUAGCCUUUCCUAUACUCACUUGGCUGAAAAAUACCAUGUCCCUGGAACUGGUGAGAGCUACAUGUUAGCAGCUGAUGUUGGGAUACUGAGUAGGAACAUCAAAAUGAUUGGUGAAGAUUACCCAGGUUGGUCCGAGGACUCUUUUGGAGCACGCAUACUGGUUGGCUCAUUCACUGAAAAUAUGAUGACAUUUAAAGGAAAUGCAAGAAUAAGUAAUGUGGAAUUUUAUCACAGUGGUCAAGAAGGCUUCAGGGAUAGCACAGAUCCAAGAUAUGCUGUAACGUUUCUUAACCUAGGACAGAUUCAAGAACAGGGUUCAUCCUAUGUUCGAGGCUGUGCUUUUCACCAUGGCUUCUCUCCAGCAAUUGGUGUAUUUGGGACAGAUGGAUUGGACAUAGAUGACAACAUAAUUUACUUUACAGUGGGAGAAGGUAUAAGAAUAUGGGGGAAUGCCAACCAAGUCCGAGGGAAUUUGAUUGCACUUUCGGUUUGGCCAGGAACCUAUCAGAACAGAAAAGAUUUAAGUUCAACUCUCUGGCAUGCAGCAAUUGAGAUAAAUAGAGGGACCAAUACAGUUUUACAGAAUAAUGUAGUUGCUGGAUUUGGAAGAGCAGGAUACCGCAUUGAUGGUGAACCUUGCCCAGGCCAGUUUAAUCCCGUGGAAAAGUGGUUUGACAAUGAAGCCCAUGGGGGUUUAUAUGGUAUCUAUAUGAACCAAGAUGGCCUUCCUGGAUGUUCUCUUAUACAAGGAUUUACCAUUUGGACAUGCUGGGAUUAUGGAAUUUAUUUUCAGACCACAGAGAGUGUGCACAUUUAUAAUGUGACCCUGGUUGACAAUGGAAUGGCCAUUUUUCCAAUGAUUUACAUGCCAGCUGCUAUAUCACACAAAAUUUCCAGUAAAAAAGUACAAAUUAAGAGCUCAUUAAUUGUUGGAAGUAGCCCUGGGUUUAAUUGCUCUGAUGUCCUAACUAAUGAUGAUCCCAAUAUUGAACUCACUGCUGCUCAUCGGAGUCCUAGAUCUCCAUCAGGUGGGAGAAGUGGGAUUUGUUGGCCUACCUUUGCUUCAGCUCAUAACAUGGCACCCCGAAAGCCCCAUGCAGGGAUCAUGAGUUACAAUGCCAUCAGUGGCCUUUUGGACAUCUCAGGUUCCACAUUUGUUGGAUUUAAGAAUGUUUGUUCAGGGGAAACUAAUGUUAUAUUCAUUACUAACCCUUUAAAUGAAGAUUUACAGCAUCCAAUCCAUGUGAAGAAUAUAAAACUGGUUGACACUACUGAACAAUCAAAAAUAUAUAUACAUAGGCCUGAUAUAAGUAAAGUCAAUCCAUCUGAUUGUAUAGACAUGGUUUGUGAUGCCAAGAAGAAAUCUUUUCUUAGAGACAUAGAUGGCUCCUUUCUGGGGAGUGCUGGUUCUGUGAUACCUCAAGCAGAAUAUGAAUGGGAUGGAAACAGCCAAGUAGGAAUUGGAGACUACAGAAUUCCUAAGGCGAUGCUCACAUUCUUAAAUGGAAGUAGAAUUCCUGUCACAGAGAAAGCACCUCAUAAAGGAAUUAUUAGAGAUUCAACCUGUAAGUACGUUCCAGAGUGGCAGAGCUAUCAGUGCUUUGGGAUGGAAUAUGCGAUGAUGGUUAUUGAAAGUCUGGAUCCUGACACAGAAACUCGAAGACUUUCCCCAGUGGCUAUAAUGGGCAAUGGUUAUGUUGAUCUCAUUAAUGGCCCACAGGAUCAUGGCUGGUGUGCUGGAUAUGCAUGCCAGAGAAGGCUGUCCCUGUUUCACAGCAUUGUGGCUCUGAACACAUCUUAUGAAGUUUACUUCACGGGCACCAGUCCUCAGAAUCUUCGACUGAUGUUGCUUAAUGUUGACCAUAAUAAGGCUGUUGUAGUAGGAAUUUUCUUUUCCACACUUCAACGUUUGGAUGUCUAUGUGAACAACUCAUUGGUCUGUCCAAAAAAUACAAUAUGGAAUGCCCAGCAGAAACACUGUGAACCUAAUAACCAUCUGUACAAAGACCAAUUUCUUCCUAACCUGGAUUCCACUGUCCUUGGUGAAAACUACUUUGAUAGAACCUACCAGCUGCUUUAUCUUUUGGUUAAAGGAACUAUACCUGUUGAAAUUCACACUGCCACAGUGAUAUUUGUUUCUUUCCAAUUACCUGCUGCAACAGAAGAUGACUUUUAUACCUCUCACAAUCUGGUUAGAAAUCUUGCCUUGUUCCUAAAGAUACCAAGUGACAAAAUCCGUAUCAGCAAAAUGAUAAGAGGGAAGAGUCUGAGAAGGAAGAGAUCCAUGGGAUUCAUAAUUGAAAUAGAGAUUGGAGACCCUCCUAUUCAGUUCUUAAGCAAUGGCACCACAGGUCAGAUGCAAUUAUCUGAACUCCAGGAAAUUGCUGGUUCUCUUGGACAAGCUGUAAUUUCAGGAAAAAUCAGUAGUAUCCUUGGAUUUAACAUUUCAUCCAUGACUAUUACUAAUCCCCUCCCCAGACCAAGUGACUCUGGCUGGAUUAAGGUAACUGCCCAGCCAGUUGAAAGGUCUGCGUUUCCUGUUCAUCAUGUGGCCUUCGUGUCCUCACUCUUAGUGAUCACUCAGCCGGUGGCAGCACAGCCGGGACAGCCAUUUCCUCAGCAGCCUUCGGUAAAGGCAACAGAUUCUGACGGUAACUGUGUAUCAGUUGGAAUUACUGCACUAACUUUGAGGGCCAUACUCAAGGACCACAAUAAUAACCAAGUCAAUGGCCUUAGUGGAAAUACAACAAUUCCGUUUAGCAGCUGUUGGGCCAACUACACAGACCUUACUCCCCUUAGAACAGGAAAAAAUUACAAGAUUGAAUUUAUACUGGAUAAUGUUGUUUGGGUAGAAUCCAGAACUUUCAGUCUGCUGGCAGAGUCUGUCUCUAGCAGCAGCAGUGGCAGCAGCAGCAGUAGUAGCAGCAGCAGUGGCAGCAGCAGCAGCAACAGCAAAGCAUCAACUGUGGGUACAUAUGCCCAGAUAAUGACUGUAGUAAUUAGCUGUCUGAUUGGAAGAAUGUGGCUCUUGGAAAUAUUUAUGGCUGCAGUUUCAACUUUGAAGAUAACUUUAAGAAGCUACUAAAGGACUGUUCUGAAGAAUAGGCUGAAAACAAAAAUAUAAGAAUUAUUAGCUAUUUUUGGGGGCAACAGACAAAAGUCUAUAGCAUUUUCAUGAAAAUAUACUAAAAAUAUUUUUAUAAUAUAUACAAUGUACUAAUUAGCUUUAAACACUAAAAUCAGAUUUCUUCAAAAUAUAAAUUUGUUUUGAUUCUUUAUAUUGGUAUGUUCUUAUUUCAUUUCAUUAAACUUCCAGAAAUCUGUUAUUUGGAA